AAGAUGCAAAAACCUGCUGGGCGUAAUGAGACCAUCAUUACAGAAUUCAUCCUUCGUGGCUUUGGAGACUUCCAUGACCUACAAAUUCUUCUCUUCAUUGUUUUUCUCAUGAUCUACAUCAUGACCAUGGUUGGGAACCUGAUCAUUGUUGGACUAGUUGUGACUGAUCGGCACUUACACACACCCAUGUAUUUCUUCCUUGGAAAUUUGUCUUGCUUAGAGACCUGUUACAGCUCAACCAUCCUCCCCAGAAUGCUGGCCAGUUUAUUAACACAUAAUGAUAGUGUGUCUAUUCAUAGCUGCUUGGUCCAAUUCUGGACUUUUGGGGUUUUAGCAGGAACAGAAUGCUAUCUCCUGGCAGCAAUGUCUUAUGAUCGUUGCCUGGCAAUAUGUCGACCACUGCAUUAUUCCACGCAUAUGAAUGCAAAGGUUUGCCUCCUGCUGGUGGUUGGAUCUUGGAUGAGCAGCUUUGUGAUGGACACAACAGUAUUUAUAUUUGUAUUGCAGUUAACAUUCUGCGGCCACAAUGUCAUUCAACAUUUCUUUUGUGAUUUCACUCCAUUGAUUAAUCUGGCCUGCAGUGACACACGGCGGGUUAAACUCAUAUCAACUGUUCUGACUUCAAUAGCUACCCUGCCACCAUUCAUUCUGACCUUAGCAUCAUACAUGUACAUCAUUGCAGCCAUUCUUCAAAUUCCAUCCACCACAGGGAGGCAAAAGGCCUUCUCUACUUGCUCUUCUCACCUCAUUGUGGUGACCAUUUUCUAUGGCACUCUCAUCAUUGUAUAUGUUUUGCCAGAUACCAAUGAACUAAAAGAGCUGAACAAAUUAUUCUCGGUUUUUUACACUAUUUUGACACCUCUAGUCAAUCCCCUCAUAUACAGCCUGAGGAACAAGGAGGUGAAGGAAGCCUUGAGGAGAGCAGGCAGCCAUAUGUGCAAAUGUGUAUUCAACUCUGGCCUUCAAAUCUUUAGAUGUUGCAUAAGGUGA